AUGCCGAUUACUGCUGUUGAAGAUGGAACAGCAUGCAGUGCAGCUGAUCGUUUCACUAAACUUUAUUAUGACGCACAAGAUCGAAAGCGUAAUAAGAUGAAUUUUUUAUAUGUUCAAGAUGCUCAACUUGUUUGGAAUGGUCAACUGAUUCAAGGAGCCGAAGAAAUUGCUAAAUUUUGGGAAUCUUUGCCUAAUUCCAGUCAUACAUUAUCUUCGAUUGAUUGCCACGCACUGGAAGAUAUUACCAAUGAUUCGAAACCAUUGGUAGUUUUAUGUGUUGGAACAGUUAUACUUGGAGCGAUGGUACAUGCAUUUACGCAAACAUUUAUACUUUCAAUGGAUGAUGACAAAUAUAAAAUUCUUAGCGAUCGAUUUCGAUUCAUUGAUUAA